AUGGAGCCAGAAAACGAUCAGCCGGGACUGGUAGACCUUGUGUCAGACAGUGAGAGCGAUGAAGAAGUUUUCGAUCACCUCAACCCCCUUGGAAAUGAACCAGUUCACAGCAGCAUCAUCACCCCGUCGCACGGAGAUCCGAUGAGCGCAAUGCGAAGUCUGUUUCCGACAGAUCGGUCUCCGAGGUGUCUCUUGCCAGGUAGGCAAGAAACAUCCGACAACGAUUUGAGUGGCUCGUCGAGUGGGAAUGGUGGCGAUAGUGCGAAUCCAGCAGUUUCCACAACCGCUGGGAUUGUUGGUUCAAAGACUCAAAAACCUGUGAUCGUGGACAUCAUUGAUGAGGACGACAGCAGUGGAAGUCACACCGAAGCUGGAAGUGAUAGCGAUAGUAAAGGAUUUCGGGUGCUGCCAGGUUCGAGUUCAAAUGCAGAAUCAGACCGACGGGCGCAUCAAAAUCGGGAGGAAGAUGGGACGAACAGCAAACAUACCACCACGAUCGAUCUGUCACAGCUGUCUGAUGAAGAUGACGAAGACUGGCGACGCGCGAUUGCACUUUCUUUGCGGGACUCAACGGCACAGAACGCUGGUAACGAUAGCCCGAGCGAGAAGAACAGCAGUAAAACAGAAUCUGAAGAUGAAGACCUCAAAAAAGCCAUCGCACUGUCUCUAUUAGAUACAGAUGCCGUGGGUGGACCUAACAGUAGUGCCAGCUGUAGCUCUCCAAAAGGCAACGACCAAAGAGGCAUCCUGACCGCCAAGCCAGAACGAAGACGAGAAAAGAGCAAAGAGACUAAGAUAAAUGGCAUAGACGCGGCUGUACAACACGCAGAAGGUGGCAUGGAAAAAUCAUCAGAUACCAUAGCGAUAGCAACAACGUCGUCGGAUACUCUGGUAACAUCCACCCCAGAGCCCGACUCCAUUGCAGGUUCUACCUUGAAGACAAACACAAAACCCCUGGACCGCGACGCAUCAACUAAAAAGUCGGGGUUUAGCAUUCUCGCUCUGAACCGCAAACAGAUGGAAGAGGAACGACUCGCAAGACUCAAGCGCAAGCGCGAGGGUGACAUGAACAGUGUCAACGGCAAGGACUCAAAGACACUCCGCCUUGACCAAAACGCCUCGUCAGAAACUCGAAAAACAAAAAUCUCACCUCCUCCUUCACAACGACGAGCGCAUAGAACAGGUACUCAAGAGACAUCAAUAUCUCGUCCGAUAGGUGUGAACCGCAAUGCAGCAGGACAAGGCAUUCCAAGCACAUCAGCAUCAUCCAUUCGCAACCACUCAUCUGCUCCUUCAACUACACCACAGCUCUUCCCAGAAGGUAAGAUCUUCAAGACGGCCCUCGCCGACUCAAGCAAUGUAUCGUCCAUCGGCACCAUCUCUUUUGACCAACUUGUUUCCCCAUCCACAUCUCUUGAAUCAGCUCUGCUCUCAUCUUUCAUCUGGGACUUUGACUGGCUCUUUCCACACUUUGACACCAAACGCACAAAGUUCCAGCUCGUCAUGCACGGCAAAUCCGCCUCGCAACGCACGUCCAUCACGUCCGACUUCAGCGGCUUAAACAAUGUCCGCAUUACCUUUCCGCCAGUGGAAGGAAUCACCAAUUGUAUGCACAGCAAGCUCAUGCUUCUCUUCUACCGUGACGAGCUUAAACCUGCACUGGCACCGCCGCUCGGGGUGACGACACGCUUGGGGGAUGGAGAAACGAAGGAGCAGGACUGGUCUAAGAGAUGCCGCGUUGUUAUUCCGACGGCCAAUCUCGUCGGCUUCGACUGGGGAGUCGGCUCCUUCAUGGAGAACACUGUAUUCCUGAUUGAUUUGCCGUUAAAGUCACCAGGGGUAGACACGAGGACGCAGUUCGAGACAUCGCUGAGAGCCUUCCUCAAGGCCCAGACGGUGCCCGACGACGUCCUCACAAAACUGUCCAAGUUCGAUUUCGAUCGCGCCUCACACCUCGCCUUCGUGCAUACCUUGGGUGGUGCGCACACGAACCGGCAAGUCAUCCAGAGUACGGGCUUGCCAGGACUUGCCAAUGCAGUGGCGCAGCUGGGUCUCGCGACCUGUCGAGACCUUCAGCUCGACUACGUCACGUCCUCGCUAGGCAAUCUGAACGAAGCAUUCAUGCGUAAUGUCUACUGGGCGGCACAGGGUGACAUUUCAAGUUUUGGUCUCGCCGCUGCGUCGAUGUCGUCAUCAUCUUCGACAUCUCGCUCCGAAGCGAGGGACAACCCAGCAGGCCUGCUGGACGGUGCAAGGGGGAAGGAGAAACAGGAGGAAGAUGCAUGGAGGAGGAAUUUUCGGAUAUACUACCCUAGCGACACGACGGUACGGACUUCCAAAGGAGGCAUGCAAAAUGCGGGCACCAUCUGUUUCUCGGGCAAAUGGUGGGCGCAGCAGUCUUUUCCACAGUCCAACUUGCGCGACUGCAUUAGUUUACGCGAGGGAUUGCUGAUGCACAACAAAAUCCUGUAUGUCAGACCUACUCUUGCUACACUGGCUGGCACAGCGGUACCGCAUUCGUCUUCACACGAACACAGCAGGUCCAUUUUACAGCCACAACGGCCCUGGGUCUAUUUGGGAAGCGCGAACUUGUCUGAGAGUGCUUGGGGAAAACUCGUUGAGGACAGAUCGACCAGGCAGCCUAAGCUCAACUGUCGAAACUGGGAAUGUGGAGUCAUCAUCCAGGUGCCUCUGACGGACGAGCAGACAGAGACAACUGGGCUCGUUGAGUCUGGGCAAGCUCACAGCGAGGAGAGUCUUGCUGUCUUUGAGCAGACAGUCGGAGCUCCCAUGAGAUUUCCCGGCGAGAGCCUUGUACAAAUGGGGAAGAAGCCGUGGACUUUGUUCGAUUGA